GCGCAGUGCGCGGAGCGGAGCGCAGCAGCCGCAGCCAUGCCGGUGGACCUGGGGCUGUGGAGCGGGCCGCUGAGCCUCACCGAGGUGGAGCAGAAGCCGGCGCACCCGCUGCGGGUCAAGUAUGGCUCCGUGGAGAUAGACGAGCUGGGCAAGGUGCUCACGCCCACUCAGGUCCAGCAUCGCCCCACCAGCAUCGAGUGGGAUGGCUGCGAUCCCCAGAAGCUCUACACCCUGGUUCUCACAGACCCGGAUGCUCCCAGUAGGAAGGACCCGAAGUUCAGGGAAUGGCACCACUUCCUGGUGACCAACAUGAAAGGCAACAACGUGGGGAGCGGGACUGUGCUGUCGGAUUACGUCGGCUCCGGACCUCCCAAAGGAACAGGGCUGCACCGCUACGUCUGGCUGGUGUACGAGCAGCCGAAGCAGCUGACCUGCAAUGAGCCCAUCCUCUCUAAUCGCUCUGGUGACAAACGAGGCAAGUUCAAGGUGGCUUCAUUCCGCAGCAAGUACGAGCUGGGGGUGCCAGUGGCUGGCACUUGCUACCAGGCGGAGUGGGAUGACUACGUGCCGAAGCUCUAUGAGCAGCUGUCGGGGAAGUAGGGCGAGGGGACCCGCAGAAGCACUGUGCAGCACUGCCUGCGCCCCCGGAGCUCGGGCCGGGCAGAGCACGUCGCUGUAGUUUUGUUUGAUUAGUGAGCUGAACCCCACCGCUC